UCGAAUAUUCAUCUGAUUCACCAACUAUAGAAAAAUCUAUCACAAGCAACGAUCUAACCUUUUACAUCGUGUGGGCUUCUAACGCAGAAUGUAUUGAGGCGUUCUUGAUGCAUAACUGUCCAAAUAAAGAAUUUUUCGGAGUUCUCGCUAAACUUUCGCUUGAAAAUUAUAUCAUAUUCUCUCAACAUAAAAUAUAUCGAAUAGUUUUCCGACUAUUCAAAAUUAUUAAACAAACCAAGAGACAGUUAAUAUACAAGAGGUUAAGAACAAGAAAAUUCAUAAUUUACAUAAAACAAAAAUGCCAGAGAAAACAUAGGAGUAUCGGGACAAAAAGCUUUAAUUACUCGCAAUUUAGUGAAAUAAACAUUAUUGGGAGAGGAGGGUCUGCAGUCGUGUACUCUGCUACUUUUCAAGAAAAGAAAUAUGCACUGAAAAGUCUAAAUGAUAACUUAUUCUUGGAUAAAAAAAGAUUUAAGAAAAUCAAGCGUGAGCUUGAUAAUUUAUGUAAUGUUUGUCAUCCAAACAUUAUUGAAAUCUUUGGAACUUCAAGAGAUUCACUAAGCGGUAAUUUUAUGCUGGUAUUACAAUUUGCAAAUGGAGGAAAUCUACGGGAUCAUUUACAAAGAAAACAACAAGAUAAUAUUUAUAAAAUUUCAUGGUCUGAACUAAUCCAAAUUGCAAAGGAAAUUACUCUUGGAUUGGAACAUUUGCACAAUAAUGAAAUCAUCCAUCGUGACCUUCAUUCCAAGAAUAUUUUGAUGAAUGAUGGAAAGGCCUUAAUUGCAGACUUUGGAAUAUCGAAACAAUUAAAUGAUACUACCGAAUCAAGCUCAAAUUCAACAGGCAUAGUAGCAUAUGCUGACCCACGAUACCUUAAAGAGGAAAUUAUUGCCAACACACCAUCAGAUUAUGCUCAUAUCAUCGAAAAGUGUUGGUCUUCUGAUACAGAUCAACGUCCAACACUGAAUCAAAUUUUGAUAAAACUUGAAAAUCUAUCAAAAGGAACAACUGUUGAAUUUAUUACAAAUAAAUAUGUCAAGAACAAUCAACAAAUGAUAAAAUUGUGCAAAUGUCAUGAAGAAUCCAACGACGAUAUUUGUUUAAAACACGAGUCUCAAAUAUUACUUAAAGACGAGUCACCAAUAUUACAUGAUAAUAAAGUUGAAUCAAACAACGAUAUACAUUUAAAAAAUGAUAUCGCUAAUGACCCAAGUAAACUAUAUGAAGUUAUUCAGGAUGCACCUAAAAUCUCAAAUGAGGACACGCAAUUAUUCACUGGCACCGAAGAAAUAUUGAAAGCAAUACGAACUUUAUCUAAACCCAUAGAUGAACUAUGGAAUUUUUUUAUGAUUUAUUUUUUAAAUACGGGAAUUCUAUGGGUAUUACAGCCUUAUUCACGUGACGCGAUAG